AUGGCAGAAUAGGCAAAUAUUGGAAAUCUAAUAUUCAUGUGUAUCAUCACAGUUUCCUAUUCAGGUGCCAUAGGAUUGUGUAGAACAGUGAUAUUUUCCACGAUCUUGAAGAUAGAUGACUCAGUAAUCAACUCGGUCUCACUUGGGAUAUUCACACUCAUUUUUCUAUUUGGCCCUUUUUCAUUGCCUUUAUAUCAGAGAAUUAUCUACAAAUUCACCUAUAAAGCAGUAUUUUGCAUAACAAGUCUAGUGAAUGUUAUCAGUACAACACUCUACAUCAUUAUUAUUGAGUAGCAACCUAAGCAGAUUUAUUUGAUCAUUGCUAUAUUGCUCUUUGAAGCAAUAGCAGCUCCAUUUCUGGCCAUCUUUUAUUGUGCAUACAAUUAUUAUGUUCGUAGCAUUUCCAACUCAAAAAAUAUUGGCAUCUACUUUGGAAUUGCCUACUCAUUAUUCAGUAUGUAGAAUUUCAUUGGUGAUAUCUAUAUCACCUUCGCCAACUCAAUGUAUGAAUAUAACGAAUAUUUCUACUAUCCAAUGUUAUUCAUAUCCUUGAUCAUAUCCAUGUUAUAUCUUUUUAUCAAAGAACCUAAAUUUGGAAAUAAAUCAAAUUCUUCCCAAAGCAUCGAUUUGCAUCAAAGGAUCAAUCAACACAUUUAUGGCUCGUAAGAAGAAUAGAAUCUCCUAUAGAGAGAGGAUGAUCCAUCAUACUCAAAUUAAUUCAUUUAGAUUUGGACUGUCUACAAAAAGGAUCCACUCUUUAUCUAUAUCAUCCCAACAAUCAUUUCCUUAGGAAUAUUCUCAGCCUUUAAUGUUGUUUACUCACAAGAUAUGAUUGUGCCUCAUUAUAGCAUGUAAUUGAAUCAAGAACUUAUUGCUGGGUUAACACUCCAUGGAAUUGGCCAAUUCCUGGGUGGAAUCACUGUGGGAUUGAUCUCUGAUAUAUAUGGAUACCUGAAUUUACUAAUUAUACUUUAGAUUUUUGCCAUUCUUACUUACAUAAUUUCAGUAAAUUUAUAAUAUUAAAUAAGGAUUGUUGGUGAAACAACCUAGGUGAAUAACACCUUAUUUUACAUUUUUGAUUUCAUGUCUGGAUUACUAAUCUCAUCCUCAUAAGUGCUAACAUUUGCCAUCUCUGGAUCACAAUACCACCACAACAAAAAUGUACUCUAAUUUUGUAAUUGGAUUUAUUGCGUGACAUUUUAUCUAUUUACCAUUUUCAUGAGUUUGACCUCCUCCUCCAAUUUAACCUUAGGUGUCAUUUCAUUUAGUUCUUUCAUAAUAUUAUAUUCCAUCCUAAAUUUUGCUUGCUUGUGGUUCCACAGGAGAUAGUAUCUGAUUGAUUUACAAUGA